AUGUCCAUGUUCAAAGGGAUGCUGAUAAAGUCUUCCGAGCGAAGCGCCAAGGGGAAGAAUCCCAAUGCGGGUAAGGGUAGCGCUGCGCAAGAGGCGCAAUUGACGAGGGGAAGCAGCACGCUGAGCUUGAAGAGGGGGGACGCGUACCUGGAUUUGGAGGACCUGGCGCCCAGCUACUGCAGCAGCGUGGCGACUACUGAUAAAGGCGGGAAUCAUCUCCGAGGAGACGAAGCGGUUACAUUACCCCUGCACGGGGAUAAGGACGAAGAGGGGAGUUUCCAACGUUCAAGCGGUUUUUACAAAAUUGGACAAUGUGGAAAUGCCCCCCCGUGUGGGAGCUACGAACGAGUAAUUAACAGCAACGAGUCACUGAACGGAGCGAAACGCAGCAGCUGUAGUCACCCGAACUGGAGUAACUCCCGAAAUGAAUACUCAAGUGAACCAUAUGAAGGGUAUCUGGAAUGCUCCGAAAGGGAAGUAACAAAGCGAAGCGAUGGUGCCUUAUCCCCAGAUGAGGGAAAGCGUCACAUAGAGAACUCUCCUCAGCAGAGAUUAAACCCGUUGAAUGACCUCUUAACCCACAUGCGCGAUUUUUUCAUGAUGAAUACAAAGCAAUGGAAUAAGAAUAAGGUGAAGAAAAUUUUGGACGAACUGGCCCAAAAUAAAAUCCACCAAAAUGUGCUAGUUGUUAUGUAUUAUUUUACAUACGAGGCGUAUGCAAAUAGAGUCCUCCUAAACUUGAAGGAAGAAUACAACUGCGAUUUGUUGAUUCACAAAUUUCUGGGUAAAGUCCAUAAGAUAAGGAAAAAAAGAAAGAAAUGUAAAGAGGAGGAAAAAGUCCUCAUAAUAAAUGAAAAGCUAGACGCAGCCCACGAAAUGCAAAAGGAAAUAUUCACAUACAAUUUGGAGUUAACGAGCAUCGAAAAUUACAUUACCGAUUUAUUUAGGAAAAAAAAACAAAUACACUGUUGUAACGUCUUUUUGAAGAGCUACGUGAAAAAUGUUCUUCGAUUGAUUAUUCGUAACAUAUGCACAAAUAGAAAAGAAGAAAAAAAAAAAAAAAGAAAAUUUUUUGAAGAAAAAAAAAAUGAACUGUGCAUAUGGAAGAGGAAGAUCACACAAAAGGAGGAGAACAUAAAAGCUGAGGAGGAAAACAUAAAAGAGAAAGAACGUAAUGUAGAAGAAUCCAAAGAGGAGCUAAACAAAUCUGUGCAAGUCAUAUCCUCCACAUACGAAAAGCAGUUACACAAAAUUAACGAAGAAAUUGACACCCUUGAUCGAAACAUAAAAGAGCUUGAAGAAAUUAUUACCAUUAAAAAAUCGCAAAAGGAAGACGCCAUAAGGAACAAAAAAAAAUUAGAGAAAGAGAGAGAAACGGACAUGAAGACGCUCCUACAGAAGCAGUCAGAUUUAAAUACCUCCAUCAAUUUUAUCAAAAACACCACCUCCCUUAUGGAAGAAAAGAAAAAAUUCGUAGCGGAUGAAAAGGAAAAAAGGAAAGAAGCCAUAGCCCAUUUGAAGGAAGCUUACCAAAGCUCCUGUCAGAAGAAGUCCCAAACAAACCGAUUACUUUGCGAUCUAAAAAAUGUCGUUCGAAAUUUGUACAGCUCGGAUGAGGAGGGCAAACACGUGUGUGAAGAUAAUCCAACGAGGAAAUCCUUCGUGGGAAAUCAUUUCGAAACGACAGAUGGAAAGGACACUUCCCCCGCGCGUGACGAACAUACACACAUCACUAAUGCUACAUCGACGAAAGGACAGGAAGAACCGAGCCACCAUUUGGAUGCCUCCAAUUUGCUGAAAAAAAUAUUCCUGUUAAAAAAAAACAUUUUCGACGUGGAAAAAAAUAUGAAUAGCAUUAAGGGAAAAAAAAAACAACUCACCAUCGACAUCAGCCAGUUCAAUUGCGAAAUGGAUAAUAUAAACAUUAAGAAGGAGAACCUGAAGAACAAAAAGAAAAUCCUUCUGAAGAAUAAAAUGCUAAGUGAAAUUAAGAACACGAUUAACGAGUUGGAGAAAUUGGACCAAACGGAAGACGUCAUUUUGAAGCAGCUGGAAGGGGCAAAGGGGGACAUGAACCUGUUAAGGAAGGACCACCUUCGGAUGAAGGAACAGAAAGAAGAAUUGAAGCGCAGAUUAUUUCGCCAAGAAAGGAAGUUGCUCAGGUGGGAAAUACGCCACGUUCAGGCGGGCCUCAAUCGUGACAAAGGGGCAGACAGUGUGGUGACUCCCCCCCUUGCUGAGGACGUGGCAAGUGUGCCGGUAGCCAUGGUCUACCGUGAGGGGGACGACGUGGUUAACCGUAAGGAGGACGAAGCGGAUAAGGGUGAGACGGGUGACGUUGUUAACGGCGAGGGGGACGACGUGAUAGCCCCCCCCGUCGAAGAAUCCAACCAAGAGGAAGCCUUCCCAUUUUCCGAGGAAUCGGAGCAGUCAGAAGAGGGCGAAUCAAGUGCCGCCUUUAGUCAGAUGAUGCACCAGUUGGAGAGAAUAAGCGCGCACGGCGAAGAUGAGGAGGACAAUCAUAUGUGGAGUGACGAAGGGGGGAGUGACCAAGAGGAAGAACACACCUCGCAGAAUGAUGAGGAAUGGGAAGACCGAGGAGGAGGCAGCGGAACGGGUGCAAGCGGCGGCGCUCGCGGAGCGGAGACUCCCCUCCUAAGUGAUGAAGAGAAAAGUAGUCCAUCGGAGGAAAACUCCGACAGUAGUGACAACCAUGGCGACGGAGCGGAAGUCGUUGCAGAUGUUGUGCCCAAUGGAGAGGAAGAAAACACAAGAGAUUCCUUCCCACGCAUUAGUACACACAGAAAAGAUCCACUGAACCGACUGGAAAAGUUAAAACUGGAGGAGAGUCGCACCUUCGAAAGGAUGCUAGACAAGUACAAAGCCAUCUGCAAUUUAAGUGAAACGGUAGACCACCAUGUGUUGGAAAAAGAAGUUCGACAUAUUUAUAGGGACAUAACGAGGGAGAAAAACAUUUUUAAAAAGAAAAAAUUGCUCACCUUAAGGAACAGAAAAAGAGUACUAAAGAGGUACUACCACUAUGUGUCGGACAAUAGUGAGGAGGAGGAUCUGAAUGGAUAA